UGCGGGAAUGGAGGAAUGGGGGAAUGGGGGAAUGCAGGAAUGCGGGAAUGCGGGAAUCUGAGCCAGUCUGGCCGCGGAUAAACGAUAAGGGGGCAAGGAAAUCGGCAGUGACGAUUGUAGGAUUCAUCUAUCGAGAAUAAAUGCUCGAAGAAUCGUUUAUCGAAUAGCUUUGUCGGUACAGAGAUUUGCAUAUUCGGCGUGACACGUAUGAUUCUCUCUAUCUAAUAUUAGAAACGAAAAAGAAUCUCUAACUAUUUGUAGCAGUAUGAUGUGAAUUACGUAGGGGUUGAUAACUCGCGCGAUAAAUCUCGGUAAAUCGUUUCGAAUGUUGAGAGGUGGAAAUUGCAGGACGAAACUAGAAUAUAAAAGGAUUAGGUUAGACGGAGUAAUUUCUUUAUUGCAAUUCGAUGAACUUUGUGAAUUGGGCGGACGAAAAGACAGGAAGAAGGAGGUAACGAGGAGACGGCGGUCAUCUAUUUGUGAAUCGAUUAGUCGCGUGAAAAAAAAAAAAAAGAAAAAAAAGAAUACAACUGUAAAAAAGGGAAACCGAAAAGUGAGAUUCGAGAAAAGGUGUCUUGUGCAAGGUACUGCUGCUUCGGAAUAUCGAAAUGGCGGAAGAAAGAAAGAAGCAAGGCGUCGUUGAAAUAAUUACGAGCCGUAAGGCGAAGGGGCACGAUAGGUUCGUGUCGGAGAAUUAAAAACGCUGCUGGAAUAAUUCAAAUUCAGGAAAAAGAAAGUGUGACGCAAAGAAGAGUGAGAAGUUGUAAAAAAUUGGAGCAAAAGUUGGCGGAGAUUGCGAGACUCGUCGCGUAAUCGUCGCGCGUAAUCGUCGCGCGUAAUCGUCGCGCGUAAUCGUCGCAUAAUCGUCGCAUAAUCGUCGCGUAAUAGAGAAAAAUGGGAAAAGAAGAAGCAGCGGAAUAGUAACACGACCGAAAAAGAUAAAACGAACGAAAUUUGAACGAUCUAGAAAGCUCUGGUAUAAGAAUGUCAAUGAAAUGUAAGCGAAACUUGCUUUCCUAACACUGCGAAUAAAAGAUGAAUUGGAAACAUUUCGGAACAAGGAGCAACGAGGAACAACGAGGAACAAUAAGGAAGAAUCUGGAAGCGGAAUUGAAAGGAAAUAUGUAAAAUACGCAGUAGGAAUGGAACUGUGAAAUCAAUCGCGAUACUUGGGAAGCUGAGAGAUAUUAGCAAUUUGCUGCAUCUGCGCCGAUAGGUUAUCCGCUGCGUGUGACGGAACCACGAGAAGAUUUUGAUCAACGAACCGAGAGGAAAUUGAGAUUAAGACACGUUGCAUUAUGCGAUGGACGCGACAAUUUAAUCGAUCGGAGACGGUUUACACGAAUUGUACGAAUUGAAUUUUACGAAGAUCGACGACGAAUAACGACGAAUAACGACGAGUAACGACGAGUAACGACGAGUAACGAUGUCUGCCGACCGCGCAAAUUCCAACACACGCAUUAAAAGUUUAUAACACAACGACGUCUCAUUAACGGACGAAGAUUGCCGAUUCGACAAACGAUUCUUGUGAAAAGGCGGUUCUCGUUUGUACGUUUAUCAUUUCCACAUGUACCUUACUGUUUUCUUCGUGUCGUUUAACGUUAACAUAGAACCGUUUUAUUAUUAUUUCCCACCACGGUGAAUUUACGCGAUAAAGCGAUACAUAUAGAGAAUAAUAUAAUAAAUAGAGAAAUAAAUAAAAUAGUAAAAGAAGAAAAGCAAAUAAAUAGAGGAACAAAGGAAUAACGGUAGAGAAAGCAGAGUGUAUUUGGUCAAAUAAUUCCACGUAUAACGGCCAGAAGUCGCGUGGGUUCUUGGAAAAUCCGACCGAAGAUGAGACUUACUCGAGUCAAGGUCUCCAAGUAUACAUAGCAGCAGAAUCGUCGAGCUUCGUGCUUUUCAGAGUUUGUUGGAAGUUGUGUGGACGAGCAACGGUCAUUUUGAUGCUUGUCGAUACUUGAGUUCGCGAUUUAGAUCCUUUCCUUUUUAGUUGAUCAACGAGUUUGCUGUUGGCUUAACAGCAAAUAACGGCAAAUAACGGCAAAUAACGGCAAAUAUUCGUUACCAAGCUUCGUACAAGCUUAAUAUUUAAUACUUCAAUUGUCGUUAAUAUUUCAGCUGUUGUAACAGCGGUCGGUGCAACGUUCAAGUCGAAAAUCUAGUUAAUUGAAAUAUCGAAUAUCUGGUUUAGCAGGACACCUCAUCUUUAAUCGUAAAAAGCACAGCAGUUGAGUGAGAUUUUCAACGGAACGAUGUUGGGUGAAAUUAUGCAGCGAUCAGUUUCGAGAUAUUCAAAGUGCCGUUCGUGUCCGACGCUAACGGGAAAUUUUCUUCUUUUGUGGUUGCUGUCUGUGUCAGCCGGUGUCGCUUGUUCCUUCAACAAAUGUUGCCCAUUUGGAGAAGUUUUCUCAGGGAUGUCGAAAGUGGAUUGCGUUGCGUCCCCACGUGCUCCGCAAAUCGUUGCCAGUGAUCCUACUAACAAGAACGUAACUUACGGCCAACUUCCUAUUUGCCAGAAGCCUGAAUAUAUUACCACUCUGCCUCUUGAUGAAAUCAACUCGGCUGAUAUUUUACAGAGUCCGUACUGUAUCGAUAUUCUGUACAACGAUAUCACUCGGCUCGUUGUUCCGACACUCGUGCAUUGUAAAUCGAACGAAGACAAGGAUCGAACACGUCCAUUCCCAAAAGCACCAUCGUUAUCGGAAUUUUUAAACGUCAGAAAAUGUUGCUCGAAUAAUACUGUUUUUAACGUAGUAACGGGAGAUUGUGAAUUCGAUCGUUAUUACUCGAAAACGAACAAUUUCUUGCCGUUACUCACCGAUUACUUACGGGAAAACGAGGAUUUUCCGAACGUGCAGUUAUUUCUGCUUCAUACAGGCAUGCCAAAAUGUUCUUCAGGCGCGAUCUUCACGCACGAGAUCGAUUCAGCAGACAUCAUCAAUGGAACUUUACAGGUGACACUGGCGACAGGAAAAAACGAAUCCACGGAGAGUUUCUCCAUCACCGAACGAAACUCCUGUCUGGAAUUGAUGCCGCACUUGCGAUCGAAACGCCGGCUCGUAGUCCGUGUGUGUAAGGAGGUAGAAUACUGUCGGGACCACCGAUGUAUACAAAAAUGUUGUCCGACGGAUGCGGACGAUGGCGGCAGUUACACUUGCUCGCACAUUGCCAAGUCGGAGAAAAAUUUCUACGAGGAAAUCUCGAAUAUUACCGGAGGAACUUGGGAUAUGACAGAAUACGGUGUACGGGUUGGACUCGAUUGUCCUAACUUUUACGAAGAAAACAUAAACGAUACAUACGGUGUAACACCGAACGGAUUCCUCAAACUCGGUCCGUCACUCUGGUUACCACCGGACAUGUACUGCGUGGACAGUCUGGUUACCGACAAUACCGACGGUUUAUUAGCUUUUAUCUGCUUCUUGAACGAUAACGACGAUGCAGCCAGAUUGAUAAUUUCCUCUAUUCUAAUGGGAAUCAGCUGUAUCUUUUUAUUUUUGACACUGAUCGUCUACCUUUCCCUACCGGAGCUUCAGAAUCUGCAUGGUAAAAUUGUGAUGUGCCAUAUCGCGAGCCUUUUGGUAGGUUACCUCUGCCUAACCGUAGUACCUUGGAUAACGGCGGAAGAUGACAGUAUUACACCGUGCGGUAUAGUAGGGUACAUCACGUUGUUCUCCAUGAUGUCGGCGUUUUCCUGGUUGAACGUCAUGUGCUUCGAUAUAUGGCAGACAUUCGGGAAAGUACACAGUAUCAGGAGUCAAAGUCACAACAAAAUAUUCCUGUUAUACGGUCUAUAUGCGUGGGGCGUGUCGAUGUUCAUCAUGUUCAUCUGUAUCCUGAGUGACCAGAUGCAUAUUCUGCCAGAGAAUUUGAGGCCUGAAUUUGGUUUAGAACGCUGUUGGUUCAACCCGCUUUUCGGACACGCGGAAUUAGUUUUCUUCACGGUACCAGUCACCAUCCAAUUGAUAACGAAUAUAGUGUUCUUUAUUCUCACGGCGAAGGAAUGCAACAAGGUGAAAGCUGAGAUAAGCAGGGUUUCGUCUUUAGACGUUAGGAGCAAACGAUUUCACAGUGACAAAGCUAAAUUCAUCAUGAACGUGAAGCUAUUUGUCGUCAUGGGUAUAUCCUGGAGCGCUGAGAUCGUGUCUAGGUUGCUGAAAACAUACACCGGAGUCCAGUACCAGGAGGAAUUGUUCUAUGUGACGGACGUGGUCAACAGUCUUCAAGGUGUUUUGAUAUUCUUUUUAUUCGUGGUGAAGCGACGAGUUCAUGAAGCAUUGAAGAAACGGCUAGGCUAUGGUUCGAAGAAGAAACGCGAAGCCAGUUCGACGCUGCAAGAUCCGUACAGAGUUUUGUCACUUGGCCUUUCUCACAAUGGUCUCGUUUAUUAUCGUUUACUAUCGUUUACUAUCGUUGUCGUUUUAAUAAUUAAGAAACGUUUCUCCAACAACGAGAAAUGGAAUGUGGUAGGAGCGUGCGAAACGACUGAAAGAAAUUCGUUGUCGCCGAAAAAGGGAACGAAAAGUUUUGCAGCAAAGCAUUUGUAAAUCGUUUUUCUACCGUAUAAAACUGAUUUUCAACUAAACUUGACGAAUCACAUAAAAUAACAUAACCUUUAUUAGAGUCUGAUCCAUCUUGUCUAUCUUAGCAACGACAGAUAAUACGUAAUAGAUAAUACUAAAUUCUAACGAAGCGAAGUUUUUAAACAUGUCGUACCGAUAUUCGUUAUUCAUGUUUCUCCGUGUGUGUAACUGUAACUCUGUGUAAUCGUAUUAUUUCUAUAUACAUAUAGGUUAUACUAUAUACAUGUUUGCAUCGUUAUAUUCUCGGUUUUAUAUUUCUAUUAUAUUAUAUAAAACUGAUAUAGGUGAGGAGAAAGUUUAGGAAUUGGCGCCGGUGAUCGAGUGACAGAGAGCGGCGGUGGCGGCGGCGGCUACUCUCUUUUAUGAUUGUCGAGCAAAAGGUUCGCGCGAGUCGAGGGAACGUUGCGACGAUUAUUCGAUGCACAUGGAAGGAAAAUAAUCGCGCCAGACUAUAUUCGAGAUUUUACAAACUGGAAACAGCCGCGGCAAAUUACUGUGAAUCGUACACGACUUGCCCGAACCUUUGCAACAUUCCGUGUUAGAUUCGAACGUUUUCUGCGAAUAUCGGUUUAUCAUAUAUCUUGUAAAGUAUCGCAUGGGAAUUAUUCGCGCGUAAAAGUGUUCAUCAAAAUAUUAGUUAUUAAAAAUAGGUUUAACAAUUGAAGGUGAGGCGGUACGCUUUCGCUUUGGCGAUAGUUCCUUUUAAGACAGAUCUCCAUAGAUCCGAAGCCGUACAAUCACCUGCCAUAGCCGUGAAAAAUAUUUUUCAACGCUCUGUACAAUGUUUAGAUACGUGACAAGAUAGUUGGCGAUAGCUUACCUCGAGACAGAGCCUGUUAUUGGUUUAUGUUAUUUUGCGAAAAUUAUGCUAACAAAGGUACUUGGUGAAUGCUCGGCGUGUUACGUGUAUCGUAUAUUCCAUGUAUAUUUUAUACCAUAUUCCUGAGUUUUUAGGGGAAUUGGUUCGGACAGCUUACGACAGAAUAAAUUAAUAAUUGCACUCGUAUGUACCACUUUUGUCGCACUUUCAAACGGGAUAAAAACAGUCGUUUAUUAGUUAAAACAUUAAAGCGAAAAGUACUCUUGUUUUUCUACAUUUGCUCUAUAAAAAAAAGUAAACAACAUCGUGGAUUUAUUUACGUUACGAGGUAUCGAUCGUUCUUUAUUACCUUCGUUCUUUCGCGCCACUAUCGACUUCCGUCUCGCUUUCCGGCUCGAAGAUUUCCAGUCUGGAAAAGCCGAUUUUUCAUCUCUAAUUUUCCUGCCUCUUUUUGCGUCCACCGCAUCGAUCACGUUGUCUCUUUACAUUUAUCGCGUUAAACAUAUUCGCGUAAUAAGAACGAAGCGAACGGAAACAACAAUUUACAGUUUGAAGUCUUUGUAGCACGUAUUUUUACAUUAUCGUCGAUUCCACCCGUUGUUUCCGUAAAAUAAGCAGAUUUAAGAAUAUAUAUUCGAUUUCACGAUUAUACUAUUUCUAAAAAAAUUUCAAUAAGAAAUUGUUUUAAGAGAACUGAAGCAGGUAAAUUCCUAAUAAUUCCUAAAGAUUGAAACAAUUUCGAACAAGCGACCACGAAAAAAUUAACAUUAUAAUUAUUGCCUUUAAUAUUAACGUAACAAUAGGAUUAAGAAUUUAGCGUUUAAUAGUAAAAUUUUAUUCUCGUGCACAAUCAAAGUUUUAUUCUCUUCCCUCUGGCAGAUUAAUCCUGAGGUACUCUCGAGCUAAUUAAUUAAUCGAGUAAUUUACGCGCAAAUACAGUUUACUUCAAGUUUCAGUCGAUCGAUUAAUCAAUUUCCCCUCUCUCCACUACAUUCCUCUUUCGCUCUCGUAUUCAAGGUUAAUUAUACAGACGGUUAAUAUUCACAGAUAUCUACGCGCUUAAAUACGUGCGUACAAGGAGACGUAUAGGUUUCUCAAACGUCUGUAAAUUAUAACGAACCCGUUUUAGGGUAAUAUUACGUAUUGGUUUAGCAAAUGCUUCAUGUUUCGUUGAUCGCACGAAUUUGUUCAUUUUCUUUGCAAUCCGUAACACCGUCGUCGAACGAUUAAAUUUGAACUGGAAUUGAAAUUCGCAUCUAAACGAACAUUAUUCGUUUAGUGGGAGAAAUAAGAGCUUUCAGUCAGGAUUCUUAUGGAAAGUCCAAUUUUACAUUAUUUCUGUAUAGAUAUGUUUCGAUUUAAACAAUUUUCGAUCGCACUUUAAUCGGGAUAUAGCCAAAUAUUUUGAAAUUGUAUAUUUAACAAAUUGAUAACAAGGAAAACAGUUUUUAGUUUAUUUUGAGCUUAAUCUGUACAUAAAAUAAGAAGAAGUAAAGCGCGAAUAGAAAUAAUAUUUUGCUUUGUACGAAUGUUUCUCGUGGCGAUAAUUCUUAGAUUUCGUCUAAUUUGAUAUAUGAAGUAAAAUUAGUACUAAAAUAGUCGUCUAAUACGUGUAUAUGAUCUGGGACAAGGAAAAUUGACCAAGUUUUUCCGAACGAAGAUACCUUGAUAUUUUGAUUCUUUGUAAAUUCCACUUAUCGCAGAUUGGAUAUCGUUGUAUCGAAUGAAAAGUAACAAUAAUAAUAUUAGACAAAUAUUUAUACACACGCUUCUAAAAUAUAUGUAUGUCGAAAGAUACUCAUUAUCGUGAGAAGGCAUUCGUUUUACGUGGAGACCCCUGAAAAAAGGAAAGAAAAAGAGAAAGAAAACACUUUGAUCGUAGAUUUCGUUGUAAAGUGUACUUUAUGAAAACGAAGCAAAAGACACGCGUAUAAUUUGAUAUUUCUGCUAAAAAAUGUCGCGAACGAUCGUCGAAUAACAAUCGGGAUAUUCAAUCUCGGAGACCUUUUUAUCGCAGGAUUAUCAAAUAAAAGAAAAAGAAAGAAAACUCUAGAUUGUCGAUAAAUUUCAUCGAUGAUAAAACCUAUUAAAUCACAACAGUCUUUAUUUCUUUUCUCUUACAUUCCUUUACACAUUUAGAUUGUGUUGUAAUAAAUGUCAACAUUCGUCGGUUACAUACGCGUACGAAACUGUUUGUCGAUUAUGUUUGCUAACAGUGAAAUUUCUUUUCAUCAAACGGAAUCAUUUUAUCUUAUUUAUCUUAUAAUUAUUUUUUUCUAUCGCUAAUUAUGCAAAUCUAAGUAUUAUAAUUCCUUGGUCACAUUAAACGCUAAAAAGAACGAAAGUUAGGACUUUUCGUUUAAACAGAUCUAAACUUGGAAUUUCAGAAACGAUGCCACGUUUCUCGACUAUUUCGUGUGAUUUCGUAUGAUUUCGUAUGAUUUCGUAUGAUUUCGUAUGAUUUCGUAUGAUUUCGUAUGAUUUCGUAUGAUUUCGUAUGAUUUCGUAUGAUUUCGUAUGAUUUCGUAUGAUUUCGUAUAUGCGCAUCGGUAACUGUAAGAUCGCGACAAGAUUUUACUUUCUGAAAACGAAGCUCGUUGAUAAAUUGCUCCAUCACCUGCUUAUCGGAGGUUUUACUACGCAAAGUCAUCUUUCUGCAACUAGAAUCAAGAUGUCAGCUGACGCUUCGAAGCAAAAGACAUAUCGAUGCUCAGAUACGUUUCAAAGUUUUUUAAUUUACACUUUAUAUUAUUAUACGGUUUCUGUGGUCAUGUUGGACGGUAAAGAGAAGAAACGGAACGUAGGCAACGUUAAUUUAACUUUUCGCGAUGACUGGGCAUAAUAGAGAAUUGUCGAAUCACAAAGGAUCGUUAAGUAAUAUCAAAUAAUAUUAAUUUGAUGUAUUGGUUUGAAAAAAGAGGAUACCCUCCACUCUUUUUCGCUGCAUUCCACUAUUUGCGACCAGCUGCGAGGAGUGAGAUAGUAUCUCGGUGUUAUUCUCUUUUUGUUUUGAUAAUAACGAAAUUUUUUAACUCUGUGUCGGUAUUCUAGAUCGUUGGAUUCGGGAAAAGAAAAAAAUUAAGAUAAUAUAGAAAAGUUUCUUUUCUUCUUGCUUAAUUUUUCGUUACCCCUAACCCAUAGGGUUAUCAUCUUUAACGAUCGAAUUAAAUUUAACGAACGUUCUUUCUUUGCUUAUAUCAUCAUCAUCAUCGUUGUUUUUGUUGUUGUUGUUGUUAUUGUUGUUGUUG